AGAUUUAAAAUUGUUAUUUAUAUCUAGUAGAAAAUAGGCUAGAGGGUUAUGCCUGAGAUAGAAUAGAAAUUCGUAUUUAACCUAAUAAAUGUCAGACAAUCUAAAACAUUUGAUUAGUGAAUUUUAACGUUUUUUUUUAAACAUUAACCGUCGAGUAAUAAUUACCUUCCUAAAUGUAACAAACAGCCAGGAGCCAUUCAAAAUUGUUCAAUGCAUAAAAUAAUCUUCCUAUUCGAGAACACAAUCAAAAUUUCAAAUUCGUUGGAAGAAGAAGGGAGGAACGGGAAUCGGCCGGGACGUCAGAUCUCGUCGACCUUACAAGGCCCGUUUUGUUUGUAAACAACACCGGUGGACACGGCUGACCCGGCCGACUCUCCCCAGGCCCGAGCCGAUUUAAAAGAGUGAAACGCUUCGGCCUCAGGGCAUGGAAUCGCUCCUUCCCUCCGAAGUAGCCAGGCUGGUUUUCGGGUACCUGGAGGACGAGGAGUGUGCAGAAGCGGCGCAGAACUUCCUGGAGACUUCGCCGCACCUCAAGGAAUGCCUCAACACCUCCAAGAAGGGGAAGAGGUUCAGCUCGAAGAUUUUAGGCCUCAACCUGGUCGAGCUACUUGAUCUUCUCUCUGAUUUAGUUUCUAUAGUCAGAGAUCAUGAUAAAUACAUCGACUGGGAGAACUAUGACAAAAGCAGGCUGUCAGUCCUGCUUAAAACGCUCAACUUUGUCGAGACUGGAAAGCACAAAUCGUCCUCAACGAUAGGAAGCAUCGGAAUGGUCAGUAGGCCCGAAGUCAAUAUCGUACCAUCCAAAGACAAAAUAACUUCUCAUGUUCAACGAAGAAGCAAUAGUAACACAUCGAUGGUUCAAAAUUCGGGAACAUUUAGAGACAUGGGAUGGGAUACAAAACUGCAGAUUCUGAGAAAGACAGAAAUUACAAGUACUAAAGAAAAUGAAUGCGUGCCACAUGUGAGACCGAGGUGUAAAAGUGGGAAUUGCCACAAGAAUCCUCAUGUGGUACCUGGCCCGGUUAGAUCAAAGACGAGAACUGUGUUUUUUAUCCGAGAUCAUGAUAAGAUGACGGAGCCGUGUGAUAUCAGAAUAUGUGGAGCGGGAAAUGAAACUUUGGGAUAUAUCGAAAACCAAAGAGGAGUCACCGUUCCUAUGAUUUCAAAUAACAACACUGACAGUUCUUCAAAUGAAAUGUUGACAUCCAGUUUAACGUUAGAAAGUUACAAUACUAUUAACAUAAAACAGGAACAUAAGAUAGAAGAUUCCAUGGAGGAAUGCGAUAAAAAUAAAACGAUAAGUCUCGGCAUGCCGGAGCAUGAGCCGCCUAUCGCGAUCAACAUGCUUCCGGCCGCAGAUAUCGCAAAGAGCUCAGCGGGACGGCUUGAAACAACAGUCAACAAGAUCACAAACCCCAUCUCUUCUCAGUCUUCCCUACUUCAACACCCACUGAACCUGUAUCAGAUGGUGGGCUAUAACCAACACAACGUUCCAAACGUACAGCUUACAUACUGUGUCCCCAACGUGCAAAUCGCCUGUUCUAGUCAAUCUGAUGAUGCACAAUAUAACAACAGUUUUCAACAGGGUACAAAAUGUCCAAAUGGAAACCCAGUAAAUGUAACAAACGGUGAAGAAGUCUGGAAGAAUCCACAUGUUAGGAGCACAGUGGUAGGAAGAAUAGGAAAAAGUAGAGUGAACAAAAAUUCGCAUAAAAUGAGGACGCAGGUGCCGAAGAUUGAAUCCCUCGACAUGGCGCAACACCAGGAGCAUUUGGUCUCGAGUUCGAGCCUGAAGUUCCGUAAGAUCGCACCGAAAGUAAGCCAGACGAUAGCUAACAAUUUACAGGUUCAGAUGGUCCAGUCGAGCAGCUCCAUGAUCGAUGCAGGUGAAGACAUGGAGCCGCUCGUUAAACGGUCAUUACGUUCUAGAAAAAGACAAUGAACCUGUUUUUAUAAAUUCAAAAAGUCUCAUUUUACAAUUGGAUUCCUUAAACAUUGGAUUUUAAUUAAUAAUUGAACCCUUUAUUUAUUAUAUAUGUGAUUAUAUUAGGGUAUAAUGUUGUAAUUUAUUAAAACACAAAGGUUGUAGAAUUUUAUCAAAAUGUGACAGUAUAUAGAAUAACUAUAUUGUAGAAUGUUAAUUUUUUCUUUUUGAAGCAUAAAAGUAGAAAAUCUAUAAAAUAUCAUGUAUUAUAUUUGUAUAUGUGUAUGUAUGUAUUUUACUAUACCAAAAACUUUGUUCGAGUUGUGUAUAAUCUGGAAAUGAUCUCAUUUUACAUGCUGUAGCAGUAAACGCAUGGAUAUCAUUUGUUUCUUUCGUUGAAACUAAAUUGAAAAAUGUACAAUUUGUUGUUUAUUAAACAAUUUGAAACUUA